GAGUAUUCAGGUCACUCGGAAAUUUCCUCAUCAACUUUACCCGAUCGAUGAUAAUACUGUUGACUUGAAUGAUUGUUCCCCAUCGCUAGCUCUUGCACUUGCUAGCUAGAUAGCUUUCCAUCAAUCCAUCUACACCAAACCAAAACCAAAACCAGAAACAAAAACAAAAACCCUUCACUUAAAUUAAAUACUACCAUUACCAAUGUCGUUCCAGUUUCGGAAACCAGUUCCUGUGUCCACAAGCACUUCUUCUGAUUCUGGAUUACCAAUGUCGUUCCAGUUUAGGAAACCAGUUCCUGCGUCCACAAGCACUUCUUCUGAUUCUGGUUCUGAUAAAAUUCACUAUAAAUUGAUGAGCCAUUCUGGACCUGAUUAUGACAAACUAAUCAUUCCUCUUUCACUCUACGCUUUCAACCGACUAUCCCCUAGUGAUCAACAAAAGCAACUGGAAGAAAUCCGCAGGCGCCACCACGAAGAAAGUGAUUUUACAGAAUUAUUCAAGAAAUUAAAGUACGGUGAUCAGCUGGAGCUCCUAUCUGAAGUUUUGCAGAAACUCAAGUGUGAACGGCUAAUACCUUCAUUCAAGCAACUAGACGCGGAGCAUCAGCAACAAGUGAUUCAACAACUGUCUCGUGUUACCCCAUCCUCAUCCCGCUUGCUCCACGGAAUCAGAUUAAUGCGGACUCGUAUUAAGGACCUGGAGGCCGAGAAUCUUCUCCGGAGCCCCGAGGAAACUAAAGAGGAUUUCAGACUCAGAAGAUUUACACAGCUGUGUACCUAUCGUACCCGGGAUGCUCACAAGCUUAUUGUUUCCUGGAAAAGUGAAGAUGAUGAACGGGAGAAGACAUCUGAUGAUGAUAACGAAAACAAUUCGGAUUGGAAGUCGUGUUUUUCUGAAUUUUUCUUAGGUUUCUCAAUUAUUUGGUUCCAGGGACAAUGGGCCGGUGGUCAAGACAUGCUGAUUGAACAACUCUCCAAGGAAUUUACAGGUGUUGUGAUCGAGAAAAGUCUGCAGAACGAAUCUGAGGAGGAUUUCAAACUCAGAAUAUUCAAAGAGUUAUGCACCAAAGUAAUCGACUUUCGGGUCCAAGAGCAAUUCCUUGACAAUGCUGUAGGGAAACUACUCGGAUGGAUUUGGUAUUCCAGGCUGAUCCUUGAGCCACAGGAGUUUGACCGUGCUGCUGAAUUACUCUCUGAUCUCUCGACUCUUGGGUUUGGCCUACUGUCAGCCAAGUAUCAACAACACAAGAUUGAUGAAAUGUCUAUUCAAGUUGAAUCAGGCCUUGCAGCAGAGGAUCUACAGACUAGUACUACUGAUCCUGAGGAAGAGGAAGCUGUUAGAAUGAGAAGAUUCACAGAGCUAUUUAAUCAAGUUCCGGUCCCUACCCGGAUUGAUUUAUUCAAGGAGGUGAGGAAAGUAUUGUUAAAGCAAAAACGCUUUUCUGAGGCUGUUCAUUUCUUCUGCGGACUAGGCUCCGAGGAUCAAGCAGAAAUGAUCGAGAAACUGGCACAUAAGAAAAGGGACUCUGCCGAACUCAUAACUGAGAAAUUCUCCGGUAUCCUCUUGAGGCUCAGAAGAUUCAAGAAGGUGUGUAUUAAACAUCUAUCCGCUUGGAAUUGUAGUGCUUGGCCUGAAGCUGAUAAGAAGCGUGUUCAACAAGGUACAUCUGAAUCUGAUCAUAACGAAGAAGAGUCCCCUUAUGCCGAAUUCUUGUUCGAUGUAUCAAUUACUUGGUUCAAAGCACGAUGCGCUAAUUACAGGAGAAACCCAAUUCAUGUAAUACUUUCCGGUCAAGUUGAAGUUAUUGAGAAACUGCCAGAGGAGGGUGAGGAGGAUUUCAGACUCAGGAGAUUCACAGAGUCGUUUAAGCGACUUCAAUUGACUUCCCAAGAGCGCAUUGUUAACUAUAUUCAAGAUACACUAUUUGGUGAUCUUGGUUAUCCUGUAUCGCGCGAACCGCGCGCGGUGCGAUUCGGCUCCAAACCGGUCGCGCUAUUGAGCUCCAAACCACGGGCUGAAGGAAGGGGUUCGUUUGAUUCUGAAUGGAUCAAGAUGAAACUUCCAAAUUUACAAGGUCAGGGAGCAGCAGCGACAACUCCUCGAGGAGCAUCAGUAGGUGGAUCAGCAACUACGACUCCAGCAGGAGGAGGAAUAGUCAACCAUAGGUAGGUUGACCCAUUAUCAGACAUGGAGCUAACCAUCAAGCUUCACAUAAUGUAUUAUGUACGUCUUAAUUUACUCGUAGAAUUGCUCAUUGCAACCAUAUGUCCAUAUCACAUUCUUAGUUUACGGAGUCAACUAACAGAAAGAUCCAACAUUCCAAAACGGUUGGAAUAAUAACCUUUUGGAUUAAGAUCCAAAUCCACAAUAAAUAUUUGGAUACCGUUUUGGAUCUUCCUUGAUGUUGACGGAUGUAACUUGAUGCCAAUAUGAAAGGGACUAGUAAAUCAACUGGCAAUUCCAGUUGUUACAGCCUGA